AUGUCCGGCCCAAUCCACACCCUCCCCAUUACAACCCAGCACAAAGUCAAGGUCACCCACUACGGAGAAGCCUGGACCCUCCCAAACCACGCCGAACUCGAAAUCGUCAUCGCAAAUGACUUGGAAACAGCCACAAUCGUCGCCAUUGACAACGAGAAACUCGAUGAGCCAAUCGUCCUCGAUAGGCUCAUCACUGUCAAUCCAGGGUUCGAAUUUGUCUAUGGAACCAAGAAGUCGAAGGGUUUGGUUUUGAGAGGCAGUGAGGUCUUGUUCUUUGAGGCUGAGGUGAAGAUCGCCAGCCAAUAUGAUGUUGGACUUGGUCCCGCGCCUAGCGGAGAUGUUGGAGUUGAGAGGACGGGUAGGACUCCUGUUACCACGAGCAUUAAGUGGGGACAGAAUGGGGAGCAGGAGUUUAAUAAUGUUACUAUUCAUUUUAAGCCUGAGGGUAAAGAGUAG